AUGGUGAUGCUCCAGUCGCCAGCGAAAAGCGCCAAUGUUUUGCCAGCGAAUGCCGUCGGCGGUCAGCUAAGCCCCAACUCGAAUCCCGAUUCGCCCAAAUCGAACACCUCACCGGAGGUGGCGUGCAGUAAUGCCGACGGUGCUGCCACGCCAACAUCUACAACGUCUAGCGCCUCGCUAACACCAAAGAUACCGAAAUUCAUUAUAAGCCAACAAUCUAUAGCAGCUGCGACCGCUGCUGCUACCGGCAACAAUAGCGGUACACUAACUACCGCCGGUAAGUCGCCUCACUCCAGUGGCGACAGUCUGCGCUUUUCUCUCGAACGGCUUAAGCAGAUGACAGAGCUCAAAGUGGUGAAUCACCUCAGUCCAACGGCAGCUGCCAGCGGCUCAGCUGAACAGGAGGAUGCGAUAAAGUGCAACAACAACAACAGCAAUAGUGUUAGCAACAACAAUGCUAAUGCUAAUGGCAUCUCUACCCACAGGCACGGCAAUAGCAGUAAUAGCAGCAAUAGCGACAAUGGUCACUCGCUUUCACCACCAGCCACUUUCUCCAGCCCGCUCCAUCACAAUCUACUCGAAUUCAACGACACCACUUGCCAGCUGCCGCGGCCCGAGCCUUUGCCCCACCCGCAUGCCGCACUGCUACAACAACAUCCACAUCUCUUAAAAAAUCCACAGUUCCUUGCGGCCGCUGCUGCCCAACAUCAACAUCAUCAUAAUCUCCAUCAACAUCCGCAUCAUCAUCUUCAUCAACAACAGCCAACUAAUCAUCCGCAUUCGCAUUCCCACCAUCCAUUAACAGACCUUCAUCCGCUGCGUCCACCGUUGUCCACAAUGGCUGGCUUGCCGCCGCCACCAACACAAUCUCUAAAUUCGCAUCAACGUCUCUCAUCACCCGCCAGUUCACCACUUUCGCCACCCACGUCACCAUUUCAACCGCAUUCCGAACAGCCGCAAACAACGCCACAACUGCUGUCACCGGUGCAGCCACAACAUCAGCAUCAACAUCAGCACCAGCAACAACAUUCCGCACACUCGUCUUUUACUUCCUCGUCGUCCUCCUCUGCGUCUAAUGCCAAUGUCGCAUUUUCGCCCCAACAACAGCAUUUACUGUCAACGCCACCCUCAUCAAUGUUGCUCAGCGCUCCUCAUACCCUUCCACAUGCCACCCAAUUGGCCAGCUGUAGUCCCUCGUCAACACUUACGGCGCCACAUGAUAUGGAUCUGGAAAGGAUUAAGUUGGUCGCCGCACAGGCUGUGGCCGCUCGUUCUACCGUGACAUUGGGCUCAGCUGUAACUGCGUCGAGCACCUCCACCGCCGCUGCUGCUGCCUCUAUGGCUGCUGCAGCAACCGGCUUGUGCUUACCAUCAUCGAACCAGCGCCCGGAUCUUAGUGAUUAUGGAUUUCGAAUACAAUUGGGUGGGUUGGCGGCAGCAGCAGCAGCAGCUGCGGCUACUUCACGCCAAAUUGCGGCGGCAAAUUAUGCGAGAAGUGAUACCAGCGAGGAAUUAAAUGUGGAUGGCAACGAUGAGGAUAGCAACGAUGGAUCGCACGACACGCCAACGGCUUGUCCUGUUGAUCUGACGAGAUCGGUACCAACCUCUGCCUCAACAACAUCGUCGGCGACGAAUGCGUCAACGGAAAAGGAAGCCACAAAACGGUUAGCGUUCUCAGUGGAAAAUAUCUUGGAUCCAAACAAAUUCACUGGCCGAAAUGGUCCAUCCGGACAUUAUGGCGGUCGUGGUUGGGGCUCAAGCAGCAGUAAUGCCGAUCGAGAUGAUGAAAUGCACGACGACGAGCACAGUGAAGAUAUGUCGGCUCACGACCUCAAUGACAUGGAUCAGGAUGAUAUGUGUGAUGAUGGCAUGAGUAGUGACAUUGAUGACCACGCCAGCGAGACGGAUUCAAAGAAGGGUGGCAGUCGUAAUGGCGAUGGCAAAUCACAAGGUGGUAGUGGCGGCGGCUCUAAGCCAAGGCGUGCACGUACCGCCUUCACCUAUGAACAGCUGGUAUCGUUGGAGAAUAAAUUCAAGACGACGCGUUAUUUGAGCGUUUGCGAACGUCUUAAUUUAGCGCUGAGUCUCAGCCUCACCGAAACGCAGGUUAAAAUCUGGUUUCAAAAUCGACGCACCAAAUGGAAGAAACAAAACCCAGGCAUGGAUGUGAACAGUCCGACGAUUCCACCACCACCGGGUGGGGCAGGUUUCGGACCAGGCGCCUAUGCCAGCAGUCUGCUUUACACACAUGCCGUGCCCUAUCCACCCUAUGGACCCUACUUCCAUCCACUUGGCGCACAUCAUCUUAGUCAUUCGCACUCAUAAAAUUGCAAGAUGCAACAGCGAUUGUUGCAAAUAUUAGAAAUGCGAAAGUAUCAAAAACGUGAAGAACAUACGAGUAAAACGGGUACCGACGGAAUGCUGAACAAAUAAUGAAGAAAGCAGGCAUAAAGGAGAGGAGAAGCACGGAAGAAGAAUGCUGACUAAAAUGUGAUUUCUGGGAAAAAUUUGUGGUACAGGGUGGCGCAAAAUUAAUCAUCCUAUCGGAAGAUUUAUAAUUUGUGCAAAUGGGUCAAACAUAUUUAGCAUCUGUGAAAUACUCAGCUGCAGACAGACAAACAGAUAAGCAACGGAGCGCGUAAAAUAAAGAUUCCCAUCUCUCGAAAUAAUUUUUUUAUUUAAUAAAAAAGGUAUUUAAAAACCUCAUCGGAUGAUUAAUUUUGUGCCACCUUGUGUAAGUGUGUAGAUGUGUGCUGAUCUUGCUAGGUUCAGAAAUUUUUGUGAAACUGCACCUUAAGGCUUAACGGUGCUGUCAAUUAAAUGCAUGCACACACAAGCAUACCUACUUGAACGUUGCAAUUGUAAAUAUUCGAAUAUGUUGGGAAUUUGUUUUCAUGCUUGAUUUGAUAUUUUAACUUAGGUCAUAAAGUGAAUAUUUGAAGUUUCUGGUAUCCUAGUUAAUUGAUUCUAUGGAUAAGU